AGUAAGCCUCUUUUCCAUCUACAAGUAGUUCAUCAGUGACAUUGUGCAUCUGUUAAAACUUGAGCCUCUCCAUAUCUGCAUUUGCAUCAUCGAAGAAGAGAAGAAGAUGGAAGGAGAAGAAGGUUCUCAACAGGCACAGCUUGUGCUCGCCGACAAGCUCUUCCUUCUGAAACAACCCGAUGUUCAAGACAUCGACAAGGUUCGCUACAAAGAGGACGUUUUCAACUAUGUCAAGGAUAACGAUAUGCUCCCUCUUUACGAAACCCUAGUUGCUGAUUCCGUAUUGGACAUGGAUCCUACCCUUUUGGAUUCAAUGCGAGCUAAAAUUGACGAUGAGCUCAAAAAGAUCGACGAAAAGAUUGCUGAUGCUGAGGAAAACCUCGGUGAGAGUGAAGUUCGUGAGGCUCACUUGGCAAAAUCAUUGUUUUUCAUCCGGAUUGGGGACAAGGAAAAAGCUUUGGAACAUCUUAAGUUAACUGAAACCAAGACAGUUGCUGUUGGACAGAAGAUGGACCUGGUGUUUCAUACAUUACAGCUUGGUUUCUUUGAUAUGGAUUUUGAUCUCAUUUCGAAAAGCAUUGACAAAGCCAAAAGCUUGUUUGAAGAAGGUGGUGAUUGGGAAAGGAAGAAUCGACUGAAAGUGUAUGAAGGCCUGUACUUCAUGUCCACACGAAACUUUAAGGAGGCUGCCAAAUUAUUUUUGGAUUCUAUAUCAACAUUUACGACCUAUGAACUCUUUCCCUAUGACACCUUUAUUUUCUACACAGUGUUGACUAGCAUUAUAUCAUUGGACAGAGUUUCCUUAAAGCAGAAGGUAGUAGAUGCUCCUGAGAUCUUGACAGUGAUUGGCAAAAUCCCACAUCUUCCAGAGUUUUUGAACUCCUUAUAUGAUUGUCAAUACAAGUCUUUUUUCUCAGCAUUUGCUGGCCUGACGCAGCAAAUUAAGUUGGACCGCUACCUGCAUCCGCACUUCCGAUAUUACAUGAGGGAGAUCAGAACUGUUGUUUAUUCCCAGUUUUUGGAAUCUUAUAAGAGUGUGACAAUUGAAGCAAUGGCAAAAGCCUUUGGAGUUACAGUGGAUUUCAUUGAUGUGGAGCUAUCGCGUUUUAUUGCAGCAGGGAAGCUUCAUUGUAAGAUUGACAAAUUUGCAGGCGUUCUCGAAACUAAUCGCCCGGAUGCUAAGAAUGCUCUUUACCAAACAACUAUUAAGCAAGGGGACUUCUUAUUGAACCGGAUCCAGAAAUUGUCACGUGUGAUUGAUCUCUAGGUGUCUUUCGAUUUUUAGAUUGAAAGUUUUCAUUGGAAAGGUUGAGGUAUUGACAAUUCAAAGACAUCCUGUGGGCAUGAAGCAUGACAUUUCUAUAGUCUAUUUGAUUAGAUUUCCAAAUUAAUGAACAAUCCAGCGUACUGAAUCCAAUUCAAUCAGUUUUUAAUUAUCUUUGCGACAGUUAAGUUGUUUUUAUGAUGCUA